UCCAAGGCCCAAGCCGAAGACGCAAACUCGCGUCAACAAACUUGAAAGCAGAGAAAUUUGAUCCAAAUUGUACCGAAAUUCCAAGACUUGACCAACAAGGAAACCUCCUCGUACCUUUUUAAUCCUCCUUCCAUUAAUUCCAAUCAUACCCACCUCGAUUUUCUCCAUCUUCUCUCAUCUGAACGAUUAAAAGACCACUCAGUGACUUUCCCACCUUCCCUUUUUAGAGUCCCAAUUUCUAUUUUGGUUCAGUUUUCAUGGCCAAACUGAAGAUUUCAGGUCCAUGGACUGGUGUGUUGGAUGUAGAACUCGAUAAUUGGACUGUCCGCAUGUUGAGGGAAGAAAUUGCAAGACGAUCGAACUGUAGUGUUGAGUCGAUCAAUUUAAUUUCUGGUGGUAGAAUCUUGAAAGAUGGCGAUGGAAGCGAGAAGCUGGUUCAUUUGGGUCUUAAGAACAACUCUAGGAUUCUUGCUAGACGGGUUUCAACUGAAGAGGGCAAGGCACUCAAGAAUGAAUUGAUGGCUGAGGAAGAGCGCUCUACCAGGCUUGCUCGAGUCAAGGCUGCUGCCACUGCUCUAGCUGAGAGGCAUGCUAAUGGUUUUCUCCCAGUUGAAGAUUUCAAUAUAGAACUUGAGGAUCAAAGUGGUCAGAAAGUUAAUUUUGGGUCUGAAACUGACCAAAAGGCAAUCAUGAUGGGCCUUAUGCUUCAUGCAAAUGCAAAGCAGCUGAUACGAAAGGGAAAUUACAAAGAUGCAUUAGAAGUACUCGUCAUGGGAGAGGAGGCUUUCACUCUAUGCAAUCCGAAACUUAUUGAGUUUGUUGACAACGUCUCAAUACUUCAAAUAGACAUGGUUUGGUGCUAUUUCAUGCUAAAAGACAUCAAGUGGCUCUCAGAUGCCGGACUACGCCUUGCAAAGGCUAGAGAAGGAAUUGAACGUGCCCAUGGGAAGGACUCUUCCCGUGUUCGAAUGCUUCAAGCUGGUUGCCAUCCUGAGCUUGCCUUACAUUUGAGACUAGAGCUGCUGGAGGGGGUGGCUGCAUAUCACAGCUGUAAGUUUGAUAAGGCUCGGGAAGCAAUCAACUCAGCACGAGCAAAAUAUUUUCAGCUACAAGUGUCAGAUGAAGCAUUAUCACAUGUUAUGGAUAUGGGAUUUAAAGAAAAAGAAGCAAAGAGAGCACUGCGCAUGUGCCAUCAAGAUGUAUGUAAGGCUGUUGAUUUUCUUUUUGAGGAAAGGACAAAGAGAGAGAGAAAACGGGAAGAGGAUAUUCGACGCCAGGAAGAAAUCAUGGAGCAAAAACUAUAUGGAAUGACGCCCUCCAAGAAAGCUGUCAAUCUUCAGAUAUUGGAAAAACUGACAUCUAUAGGGUAUGAGAAGGAAUUAGCUGCCGAGGCCCUGAGAAGAAAUGAGAAUGACAUACAGAAAGCAUUGGAUGAUUUGAUAAGCCCAGAAUCUAACUCUGUUAUACAGAAUGCUAUUGAGUCGAGGAAAAGGAAACGACAACGUAAAAGAGUAGAUGGUGCAGUUGAUGAGCUGGUUCGCAUGGGUUUUGAUAAAACAAGAGCCGAGGCAGCUUUUGAGGCUGGUGGCUCCUUAGAGCAAGCACUGAUUAUAUUAUCAGAACCUGGGACGAACAUUGCGGUCCAUGGGCAACCUGACUCGGUCAAUGCAGUCUUGGCUUCUGAGGGUGCAAGUUCCUCCCUUUCAAACAUUGCAGAAAACCAAGAAAUGUUGGACACCUUGGAUGAUGAGGGAGGGCCUUCUAUUGGUGAAGAAGACCGAGACUCGGUGAUGGAAGAUGAACUCGCUAGAGAACUCAAUGGCGCUACUGCCGUAUCGGAUUACGACAUGGAUGUAACAAAAGAAGGAGAAGCCAUAACAGAGUAUUUGGGUUUAUUGGACUCGAUGAUGAAUUCUGAGAAUGCUUAAAUAACAUAUUAACAAGGUUUUUAUGGUGUAAAUAAUAUUGCUUUUGAAUUCUAAAGAGGUAUAAGAAUAACUCGACAAUCGGAAUAAUCCAAACUACCCAACACGUAUUAUAAGUGUUGGGUUGGGUUAUUUUAAAGUUUAGGUUGAGUUAGUCUUUUUUUCUUUCUUUUUUUCGGGUUGGGUUGGGUCUUGGGUUGAGGUUUGAAAAAUUCGUUUCAACCCAACUCAUCUCGAAUUAAUAAUAUUAUGUAUAUUUAUAUUAAAUUUUAUAAUAUGAUGCUUGGAAUAUGUUUUUUAUUUUUGAA